AUGCUGGUAAGCGGAAGCCAACUCCUGUUGUCGUCUCAGUUGUGCAAAGUUCCCUUUGCCGCAAAAUUCUUUCGCUUUUUCGUCCCAUUUCUCCUCACUACCCCCUCGAACAGCCACAAAAGCCAUGUCUAAGAGCAGUCAGUCCACACAGUUCCGUAAAGUUGACAUAGAUGAGUUGGACGAGAAUAGAUUUGAUGACGAACAAGUCGACGAAGGUGGCAUGACUGGCCCUGACGAAGGGGAGGUCAACUCUCUGCUUAUGUCCAAGAAAAAUGGGGAAGCCCUAAAAGCUGUGUUGGCUAACCCACCUGUUCUAUCCAAAAACCAAGCUGUUAAGGAUAAAGCGUUCCAGCUAGUACUCAAAGUUUUAACAACAACACGAAGCAAUGAGAUCGACAACGCCCUCAAGGGGCUCACGAAAUCAGAAGUGGAUAUCCUGAUGAAGUAUAUCUACCGUGGAUUUGCACAACCUAACGAGAACAGCUGCGGGAUACUUUUGAAUUGGCAUGAGAAGGUUCUUGCUGCUGGCGGUCUGGGAAGCAUUAUCCGCGUGCUGACUGAUAGGAAAUCAAUUUAAUCCUAAUAAACCCACCACAUCUUGGAUUAGGUCAGAUAGGGUCAGAUUUUUUCAAUUAAAUCCUUGAAAUUUCCUCUGAAUUAAAACCAAACUGGUUUAUUCUGCAUCUCAUUUUUAUAUUUGCAGCUUUUUUUAGUCUUAUUUGUAGUUUUGCCACUGUGAGAGUAAAUAACUGGUCUUGUGAAACUAUAAGUAAGGCGAUAAAAAAGAAAAUCUGACUUGUUUUGUGUAAAUUCCAUAGAUAAUAAGAGACCUUACUGUACAUAGACUGCAUAUUUUACACAUGUAAGGGAAGGCGAAAGAUUCUGGUGCUAGCCAUUUAAAAUAAAACAGCUAUUUGUGUA